AUGGAUGGGAAUGUAGAAGAGUUUGAAUGUGCUGUAUGUCUUGGACCAUUCCAGGAACCUAAAUUAUUGGAUUGUCAUCAUACAUUUUGUAGGAAGUGUCUGGAAGACCUGGCUAGUUCCAAUUUGGCGGGUAGCUGGAACACCAUCAAAUGUGUAACAAAAUCAGCAAAAUUCCUGAUGGCGGGUUCAACAAACAGAACAGGAGAUACAGAUUACUGCUCCAAACAUCCUAAGGAGGAGCUCAAAUGUUUCUGUGAAGACCGUAACACCAUUUUGUGUUUUGUGUUUUGCCUUCUUGGUCAACACCAAAACCAUUAUUUUCUUAAUAUCGAAGACUCUAAAGACGUCAUUUUAGAAAAUUACAAAGAUCAGAAAGACAGUCUGAAACGUAAGUUAGAAGAAUUGAAAACAGUGAAGAAUAUAGCCGAGGAUUCGUUGAAGAAAAUCAAUGAAUAUCGACAAACAGCAUUGAGUAGUUGCCUGGCAGAACUUCAGAAAAAUUACGAUCAAAAUCAGAAGAAACUGAACACUGUACACAGUAAAGUGAAUACCCUGAAAUCUCAGAGAAAGAUAGUCGACCUAUGUUUUCUCCCCUCGUGUCUGACAUCCUUAGUACUGCAUAUACAGCGUGCCAACUAUAUUGCUAGAGUGUGGCGGCUGUCUGAUCAGCCUCUUAUGUCUCUACCCCCCGCGUCAAAUAAUGGUUGGACGAAAGAUUUAAUGAUUAAAUGGGUGAAGACACCAUAUUCAGAUGAGUUAUCGGACCUUUUAGUGGAACUCGAUGAGGAAAUCCAUCUGGACUCAGGAGAAACUGUUGACGAAGAACUGUUCGACGACGUGAUUGACGGUGAGCCUGAAGGAUUAUCGAUUGAACACUUAGCCGACGGCGUUUUAGACGAAUUAGGCCUACUCUGA